AUGGAAGGUGACUGUGUUAAUUAUGUACGUCAUUGUAAAGCCUGCCAGUACCAUGAUAAUAAAAGCCAUUUGCCUGCUAUUGAACUCCAUCCGACAGCCCCUUCUUGGCCUUUUUCUGCAUGGGGUAUAGACAUUAUCGGCAAGAUCACUCCAGCAGCAUUAAAUGGUCAUCAGUAUAUCUUGGUUGCAGUAGAUUACUUUUCUAGGUGGAUCGAGGCUCAAUCCUACAAAACUUUAACCGCUAAGCACGUGGCUAGAUUCAUUGAACAGAAUAUUUUCUGUCGCUAUGGUGUUCCCCAUCACAUAGUUACAGACAAUGGUUCUCAUUCAAUGGGUUCUCAUUUUUCAAACGCAGAAUGGUUUGGUCAAUUUGCUAUAGUAGAUAUAAGG